AUGGGUUUUCACGGAGACGAACCAGCAGUGACACCGCGAAAGGACAGUAAAAGCCGUUGUCAAUCGACGGGGGGCAGUCGCCGCCACCUCUUUCAGACAGAAGUCUGCGCCGCUCUAGCUCCUACCGAAGCUGAACAGCAUGAACGCCAGGAAUUAUCGGCAGUGUAUGUUCCACGACUGGCAGCUGUAGCCGGACAGCUUGCGAAUAGCGCGACCUACCACCCCCGAUCGCUUGAAAAAAUCACCGUCGAAGUGGAUUUGGGAGGUCUACCGUCAAACCGACUGGAAAUACCGGAGCUCACGGCGUUCUGGGGCACAUUCGCAUGGGCGGAUAACCCGUGGAUCCCAGAUAGUAAUAAGCCAGUGUUAUCGCGAGCCAAAUACGACAGAAUCGCGGUAGCCUCGAUCGCGAGCCUUGAAAUCGUCAGGACUCACAGAACGACCUACACGGUACGAGUACCAACAGCACCGGGAUGUCAGGCGGGACACACCAUCGCCAAACGGGAGCGAUGGUUGAUCGCUAUUCUGCUCCACUCGCCCCGAAUUGACGUGGGAGAACAACUCGGUCGAGCCCCACAGCUUCAAUUACGGAAACCACCGCGCCUCACGCAAAGUUACGUCUGGUCAGUGGAGGCUGAUUCUAUUGUGGUGGCAGUCCCCAAUGCAGGAAAAUCUACAAUCACGCUGCAGCAACAAGUCAACGGGCUCAAUUGGAAAGUCGUAUCGCAGCGCAAUGCCAAAAAGGACGCGACGAAACUA